AAGAGAAAGAAACUGAAUGCCUGGUUAAUUUGCAGCCAGUUACAUGGCCAAAAUUCUGUUCCAUUCAUCCAUUCGCACCGAGAGAACAGACCUUAGGAUAUGAUAUGUUGUUCAGUGAUUUGGAAAAAUGGCUUUGUGAGGUGACCGGAUACGAUAAGAUAUCACUGCAACCUAACAGUGGUGCUGCAGGUGAAUAUGCGGGUAUGUUGACGAUUCGUAAUUAUUUACGUUCAAUUGGACAAGAGCAAAGAAAUGUUUGCCUGAUUCCCGAAUCAGCGCAUGGUACCAAUCCUGCUAGCGCACAUAUGGCGGGUAUGAAGGUAGUGGUGGUAGAUUCGGAUCGUCACGGUAACGUCAACUAUCGUGAUCUUACGGCCAAGGUUCUCUCUAUC